AUGAACAAAGUCGCCAUCCUGACCUCGUCGACGCACGAGCCCGGCGUGAAUAUCCGCCAGCGCUCCCUCAUCGCCCUCCUCGGACCGACCUUCGACCUCGCCGUCCGCUUCCAGAGGCUCGUCACCCUGGCCUCGUCUCUCCUCUUCGUCUACGGCCACCUGCUCGCCAGUUCGACCCUCACGUCUGGGGUUGUCGCGACCAGGCUGUUCGUCGCUCACUCGGCCUGGUUUUCCCAGAAAACGUUCUGCACGCUCCGGAAAUCGACACGAAGCGCGUGGAACUCCAAGAAGAUCCGACAGCUGAGGAAAAAGGUCUUCAUGGAGUUCGCGACAACUAUACUCGGGCCCGGGGGUAACAUGUUGAUCAUCAUGGUCUUCUGGCCGGGGUGGAUCUUCAUCAUCGGCGCUCUCGUCGCCAUGCGGAUGUUGGCGGGCUGA